CGAAGAUAAACUCUUCUUUUAAAAAUAAGGGCGGAGGCCAUAAGAAUUGGACGGGCACUCGAAUGCGCAAAUCGGGAAGAAGAAAAAGCAAAAAGUGCUUAAUAGAGAGGAUAGAAAGAAUUAUUUUGACCGGUCAUUGUUCUCUUAAAGACUCAUUUGCUAUUUAUAUAUUAUUUCCUCUCUUUCAAAUUAGUCCCAAAAAUUUUUGAAGAAUUAUAAUUAUAAAGCACACAAACACUUAAAUGAAGCAAAAAUUCUUUUAAACUAAUCCCGGGUUUAUUUUGAACCAAUACUAUGCCGUUAGAUAGUGAUGAUUGUCUGUUAACUCCAUCUGUAGCUUUGACUUCAACAAGUAUUUCUAAUGGUGGUUCAAGUCAAAUUAUAGCCUGUCAAUCUGGUGACUCUUGUUCGUGUACUGCUUGUUGUCUGUCUGAGCCUUAUAAAAAGAACCCUCUGAAUUUCAAUAAAUGCCUGUGGCGAAGACAUUGCUGUCAUCUCCCUGAAAAAACUUCAUUGACCCUCAACAACUCCGACAGCUCCAACUCCUCUUCCCUUUCCCGGCUUUUAUUUUCUUCAAUUUUAACAACUCUUACUUCAUUUCCUCCAUUAUUCUUCAUUUUUAUAAUUAUUUUUAUAAGCAAUAUCCUUUCUAUAUUGCCCCCAUUUGUACAAUCUACACUCAUUCUAGUACCUUCUUCCUACAAAAAUAUCUCAUCAUCUUCCCUCCUAAAUUAUGUUCCCCUACAAAAUCAUUCUCGCGUUAAACGACAACAAUGGUGGCCACAACAGCAACAAAUGUGGCCACCGUACCCUCAACAACAACAAAUGGAGCCUUGCCCUCCUCAAUGUUUUGGUUGUCAACCAACAAAUUGUCAAGCUGUUCAGUGUAUGCAGCCUCAAAUGGUAAAUAUGGUUCGUUGUUGUUGUCGUCCUGCAAUGAUAAUACAUCCACAGCCUGACUUGAAGACAGCUUGUGAUGGUGAGGAAGCAGUUGCUGCUUGUAUGAAUGGACUUUGUGGGCAAGGCUUUUUCUGUAACCAUCGAAAAUUUUGUUGUCGAUGUCCUAUUGGAAAAUCGCUUGGAAAUUGCAUUAACGGCCUCUGCCCGACUGGAUACGUUUGCAAUUCCAACAAUUUUUGUUGUGCUGCAGGCGCUGGUAGUGUUAUUGGCCCUUGCGUCAAUGGUAAAUGUCCUGAAGGAUAUGAAUGUGGUGCUGGGAAUCUUUGUUAUGCUCGAACUAGCACAACAAACAUUGAAAACAACAACAACCUUUGGGCAGCAGCUGAAGCCCCCAAAACAACUAAACAACCAAUUCGUCAAUUUCCUUUAAGACCACGUAUUGGGGGUUCAGGAUUUGGUUUUGUAGGGAACCGACAAAGAUUAAAUGGAGGUGAUAGGCGAAUAACUAACAGAAAAAGGCACCAACAGACUAAAAAACGAAGGUUGAAUCGUCAAAGAGGAUGGGGUUGGGGAACGGGAGACGAUUUAUUUGAACCUUUUGCUGAUGAUUGGCAACAGGAUGAUGAUAAUGGAGAAGAGGAAAUGGAGGGAGGCGAAGAGGAAAUAGGGGGUGAUGGGGUUUUUGAUUUUUGGGGAUGA